CAGCACUCAUCAUCCUCUCAUGGCGUCGGCGUGCGGUAGAUAGAGGAAAUACUGAAGAAAUCAGGAAGUGAUGUUCUUGGAAUCGACAGAAUCAGAUAGAAUAACAAACGAAUCGAGGAAAAGUUCGAAACCCUAGAACUGAAGAUAUGUCGACGUGGCAGUUAUUUCCCGAUUCCAGCGGCGAUGGUUUCCGGUGGGAAGUCGCUGGCCGGAUUCUUCAGUCCGACUCCGAUGAUUCUACUCCAAAUCAGGCGCUCGACUCCUCAGCUCCCCUACCUUCCAUGCCCGAUCUCUUGCUUCAAGGAUGCUCGAAGCUUAUAGAACGGGAAGAAUCCAUGGGCAUGCCUUGCGAAAUCCCAAUGUUCAGGACUGGGCUGGGGAAGUCUGUACCUCUAAAAGAGUCUUCGAUUGCUAGAGCCAAAUCCCUUUUAGCAGAUGACAAUGUUGCCUCCUCCUAUUCAGAUUUGCAGAACACUUAUAGUUCAAAUCCCCAAAUGCGAGCAGUGGAUACACCUGGAACUUUGCCUAUGUUCACGACGGCUUUAGGCAAAUCUGUCCCACUGAAAGAAUCUUCAAUUGCCAAAGCUUUGUCCAUUCUUGGGGGUGAUAAGAUGAAUGACUCAGUUGAUUGUGCAGCCAACGUUCUUCCCAGGGAGAGUGGGUUUGGUGCUCCCAACUCAUUUUUCCAGACAGCUUCUAACAAGAAGGUUAAUGUAUCUUCUGCCGGUUUGGCAAGAGCCAAGGCAUUGCUAGGACUAGACGAAGAUGAUUUGAAUGAAUUUACGCACGUGAACCAGUCGUCUUCUUCCCACCACCAACAUGAGUGGUCUGGAUUAAAAACGCAUGAGGAAUUUGAUGCUCUAGCGGUUCACGAUCAUUCCAGAACUCCAGGAAAAUUUGAGGAUCAUGUUUCAGGGAAGAUGUCUGAAAUCCUAAAUCCAUCUUUAAAGGUUGCUCCAACAAAGUUUCAGACUGCUGAUGGAAAAUCAUUGUCAGUGUCAGCUGAGGCAUUGAAUCGUGCCAGAAAUCUUCUUGGGGAUCCUGAAUUAGGGGCUUUCUUUGAUGAUGUAGCGGCAGCAGGUGAUCAAUUUGUUACACCACAGAAAGAUGAAAAGUUAGGUGAUAUUGCUAUAAACAGUGGAAGCGCCAAUACAGUUUAUACUGCUCAUGAAGAAAAAACAAGCAACAAACAUACGUCAAACAGUUUUGUAUCUCCUCUUCGGUCAUCUUCAAAGCAGUUUAGAUCAGUGAAAUUGGAGAACCUACCUUUAGGGGGUAAUUUGAUCAAGAAAUUUGAUGCGGCUGUUGAUGAGGCAGACUGUGCUCUGAAUAUCACCAAACUUGCUACACAUGGACUAUCAAAUAACAGGCCUUUAUCAUCAGAUAUGGCUGUGAACAAUUCCAAGGAAAACGGUUUCAAUCGAAGAGCUAAGCAGUUUGGAAGGCCAGCCGACCAGCCACUUGUCGAUAUAACAAAUCGCGGUAUAGCUUAUGCAAACAAUAAACAAGACAGUACCCAAAAGAAAAGGCUGGGAAAGACAGUCUCCGUUUCUCCUUUUAAAAGGCCAAGGAUUUCCUCCUUUAAAACUCCUUUAAAGAAAAAUGAUCUGCAUGCUUCAAGUGGUUUAUCUGUCGUAUCUUCUGAUACACUUAGUUCCAAAAAGGUGCUUUCGACAAGAUAUCCAGAAAGGUUUCCAAGAGUAUAUAUAAAGGAUUAUUUUGGAAUGCGUCCAACAGCUACGACCAAGAUGGAUUAUGUGCCAGACCAUGUCAGGAGGAUCAAAUCAAGUAAUGCAGAUAAAUAUGUAUUCCGUGAUGAGUCUUCCUCAAACAUGGUUGGAGCUGAAACUUUUCUUCAAAUGUUGUCUGAGUCUGGUGCUUCCUUACAACAUGCAUUGAGAAAGUGGGUCACUAAUCACUACAGGUGGAUAGUCUGGAAGCUUGCAUGCUACGAGAUAUACUACCCAGCAAAAUGCAGAGGAAAAUUUCUGACAGUCACCAAUGUUCUGGAGGAACUAAAAUACAGAUAUGAGAGAGAGGUCAAUCAUGGUCAUUGCUCUGCAAUCAAGAGGAUCCUGAGUGGUGAUGCUCCAGCUUCUUCAAUGGUGGUGCUAUGCAUAUCAGCUAUCAAUCCAAAGACCAACAAUGAUUCUCAGGAAACACAUGGUUCUGAUAGUUGCAGCAAUGUGAAAGUAGAACUCACUGAUGGGUGGUACUCGAUUAAUGCUGCUCUGGAUGUGGUGCUAACAAAGCAGCUGAAUGCUGGAAAAUUGUUUGUUGGGCAGAAGCUUCGAAUCCUCGGGGCAGGACUUUCUGGCUGGGCUACCCCAACAUCACCUCUUGAGGCAGUAACUUCAAGUACAAUCUGUUUGUUGUUGAAUAUUAAUGGGACAUACAGAGCUCACUGGGCAGACCGACUAGGAUUCUGUAAAGAAAUUGGUGUCCCUCUAGCUUUCAACUGUAUCAAGUGCAAUGGGGGUCCUGUGCCUAAAACGCUAGCUGGAAUCACACGAAUAUACCCCAUACUAUACAAGGAAAAAUUAGGUGAAAAGAAGUCAAUAGUUCGAUCAGAGAGAAUGGAAAGCAAAAUUAUCCAGCUGCAUAAUCAGAGGCAAAUAANAGAAGGAGCCAAGGUCUAUAAGCUGUUAGAGACAGCUGCUGAACCUGAAAUCCUAAUGGCAGAAAUGAGCCCGGAGCAGUUGACAUCUUUCACUACAUAUAAAGCGAAAUACGAGGCAGCAAAGCAAAUGAAGAUGGAAAAAUCAGUAGCAAAAGCUCUGGAAGAUGCGGGCUUAGGUGAAAGAAAUGUCACCCCGUUCAUGAGGAUUAGGCUUGUUGGACUGACGAGCUUAAGUUAUGAAGGUGAGCACAAUCCAAAAGAAGGCAUAGUAACAAUCUGGAAUCCUACAGAGAAACAGAGAACCGAGCUGACAGAGGGAAAAAUAUACAUAAUGAAAGGGCUAGUACCAAUGAACUCAGAUUCAGAAACACUUUACUUACAUGCCAGAGGGUCAAGCUCAAGAUGGCAACCUUUGUCUCCAAAAGCUUCUGAAAGUUUUCAGCCCUUUUUCAACCCACGUAAACCAAUAUCUUUGUCAAAUCUUGGUGAAAUUCCUUUUUCAAGUGAAUUUGAUAUCGCUGCGUACGUUGUGUAUGUUGGAGAUGCAUACACGGAUGUUCAACAAAAGAAGCAGUGGGUGUUUGUGACAGAUGGAUCCACCCAACAUUCAGGGGAAAUCUCAAACAGCCUUCUUGCUAUAAGCUUCAGCACCCCAGCCAUGGAUGAUAUCUCGGUUCCCCACAUCAGCCAAAAUUUGGUUGGAUCCGUGGUUGGAUUCUGCAAUCUAAUAAAAAGAGCAAAAGAUGCGAAAAACGAAAUGUGGGUUGGUGAGGCAACAGAGAACUCAGUCUACUUCAUAAACGCAGAAGCUGCAUACUCGUCUCACCUCAGAACUAGCAGUGCCCAUAUCCAAAAAUGGGCUAUGCUCUCUUCUUCCAACUCCGUCAUCCAUGAACUUCGGCAAAGAGUCCUAUUUAUAAUCGGUGCUUGUAAAUCACCAUCAUGCUGAAGGUGAAUUAUACAUCUAUCUUCUUAAAUUUUGUUAUUAAGUCCUAAGUUGUCUAACCUUGCUGAUUGCUGGAUGUAUAUAUUAUAACCACUAUGCGACAUAAUUUUGGUAUAAAUAAACAAAUCUUCUUUA